AUGCAGAGCAAUAAAACCUUUAACUUGGAGAAGCAAGACCAUACUUCAAGGAAGCAGCAGCAGCAGCAGCCGCCACCGCCUCUUCCUCCUGACAUCACUGAGGAGGAGAUGAGGAAACUAUUUGAGAAAUACGGGAAGGCAGGCGAAGUCUUCAUUCAUAAGGAUAAGGGCUUUGGCUUUAUCCGCUUGGAAACAUGAACCCUAGUGGAGAUUGCCAAAGUAGAACUGGACAACGUGCCACUCCAUGGAAAGCAGCUGCGUGUGAGCUUUGCCUGCCAUAGUGCAUCCCUUACAGUCCGAAACCUUCCUCAGUAUGUUUCCAAUGAACAGCUGGAGGAAGCCUUUUCGGUGUUUGGCCAGGUAGACAGGGCUGUAGUCAUCGUGGAUGAUCGAGGAAAGCCCUCAGGAAAAGGCACUGUUGAAUUCUCAGGGGAGCCAGCUGUUCGGAAAGCUCUGGACAGGUGCAGUGGAGGUUCCUUCCUGCUAACCACAUUUCCUUGGCCUGUGACUGUGGAGCCCAUGGAGCAGUUGGAUGAUGAAGAGGGAGUUCCAGAGAAGCUGGUUAUAAAGAACCAGCAAUUUCACAAGGAGCGAGAGCAGCCACCCAGAUUUGCACAGCCUGACUCCUUUGGGUAUGAGUAUGCCAUGAGCUGGAAGGCACUCAUUGAGAUGGAGAAGCAGCGGCAGGACCAAGUGGACCGCAACAUCAAGGAAGCUCGUGAGAAGCUGGAGAUGGAGAUGGAGGCUGCUCGCCAUGAGCACCAGGUCAUGCUAAUGAGACAGGAUUUGAUGAGACGUCAAGAAGAACUUCGGAGGAUGGAAGAGCUGCACAACCAAGAAGUGCAAAAACGAAAGCAACUGGAGCUCAGGCAGGAGGAGGAACACAGGCGCCAUGAGGCAGAGAUGCGGCGGCAACAGGAAGAAAUGAUGCGGCAACAGCAGGAAGUAUUCAAGGGGACAUUCCCUGAUGCAAGAGAACAGGAGAUACGGAUGGGCCAGAUGGCUUUGGGAGGUGCUAUAGGCAUCAACAACAGAGGCGCCAUGUUCCCUGCUCCAGUGUCAGCAGGUAUCCCAGCUCCUCCAGGACCUGCCACUAUGAUGCCAGAUGGAACCCCACCAACAACUGAACGCUUUGGCCAAGCUGCUACAAUGGAAGGAAUUGGGGCAGUUGGUGGAACCCCUCCUGCAUUCAACCAUGCAGCUCCUGGAGCUGAAUUUGCUUCAAACAAACGUCGCUGA